AUGGCAAACUCUAAGCUCAUUCUUCUCAUUCACAUCCUCUCCUUCUUUGCCCUUCCAUCGCUAGCUGAAUCAUCAUCACAGGUGAAGCAGCAAAAUGAAGACCAAGAAGAGAAGGAGCCAUUCGUGGGGGUGAACAUAGGCACAGACGUUUCGAAUCUGCUAUCAGCCUCGGACCUGGUGGCGUUUCUUCAACUGCAGAAGAUAACACACAUUCGUAUCUACGAUGCUAACACCGACAUCCUUAAAGCCUUGUCUGGUACCAAGAUUCGUGUCAUUAUCAGUGUCCCCAACAACCAGCUCCUCGCAAUUGGUUCCUCCAAUACCUCUGCUGCUUCAUGGAUCGACAGAAACGUCGUCGCUUACUACCCGCAAACGCUCAUCACCGGAAUCUCCGUCGGCGAUGAGGUUCUCACCACCGUUCCCUCCUCAGCCCCACUUCUUCUCCCUGCUAUUCAGUCUCUCUACAACGCCCUCGUCGCUUCCAACCUUCACCAACACAUCAAGGUUUCAACCCCUCAUGCUUCUUCCAUCAUUCUUGACCCUUUCCCACCUUCUCAGGCUUUCUUCAACCAAACCCUUACCUCUGUUAUCCUCCCUCUGCUUCAGUUCCUUUCCAAAACUGGGUCACCCUUGAUGAUGAAUCUUUACCCCUAUUACGUGUUCAUGGAGAACAAGGGUGUGGUUCCUCUUGACAAUGCUUUGUUCAAGCCUUUGACUCCUGCUAAGGAAAUGGUAGAUCCUAAUACCUUGCUUCACUAUACUAAUUUGCUCGAGGCAAUGGUUGAUGCUGCUUAUUUUUCCAUGAAGAACCUUAAUGUAACGGAUGUUGUGGUUCUUGUCACGGAAACCGGGUGGCCUUCAAAGGGUGAUUCUAAGGAGCCUCAUGCUACCAAAGACAAUGCUGACACUUACAAUUCCAACUUGAUUAGGCAUGUUUUUGAUCGUGGUGGAACCCCUUUGCAUCCCGAAACUACUUCAAGUGUUUAUAUCUAUGAACUGUUCGACGAGGACUUGAGGUCUCCGCCAGUGUCAGAGGCCAAUUGGGGUCUCUUUUAUGGGAACACUACGCCGGCUUAUUUGCUUCAUGUAUCAGGAAUUGGGACUUUUCUGGCCAAUGAUACAACCAAUCAGACAUACUGCAUUGCCAUGGAUGGUUUUGAUUCCAAGACAUUGCAGGCAGCACUAGAUUGGGCUUGUGGACCGGGUCGAGCUAAUUGUUCAGAGAUUCAGCCUGGAGAGACUUGCUAUCAGCCUAAUAAUGUGAAGAACCAUGCCUCUUAUGCCUUCGAUAGCUAUUAUCAGAAACAAGGGAGGGCUCCUGGGACUUGUGAUUUCAAAGGAGUAGCUAUGAUCACAACCACUGAUCCCAGUCACGGGACCUGUAUUUUUCCUGGAAGCAAGAAAGUAAGCAACAAGACAAAGGAAGUGGUGAACUCUACUCAAUCAAACAGGGCAGGGAAGAAGUUAAGGUUUGGAACCUUUAGCAGCAUCAGAUUAAGUGCAUUUAAUAUCAUUUUGCACAUUUUCUUGGCUUCAUAUGUGCCCACUUUGUUGUUAGUCCAUUUAUGAUGUCCAAAUAAUUCAAUUUUUUUCUUUUUUGAAUUUUGAAUUUCUUAAGAG